AUGGCUUAUACGAGAAGGGGUAAUUUUUGUACGUCUUUAUUAUUAUAUUUUGGUGUUAGUUCUAUCUUUCCCUCUCCUCGUGGAUAUAUUAGUAGACUGUUAGGACGGUUGUGGGGUGAAAAAGAAGUACGAAUACUCAUUUUAGGCUUGGACGGAGCCGGUAAAACAACAAUAUUGUAUCAAUUACAGAUCGGUGAGGUGGUAACAACUAUUCCAACUAUUGGUUUUAAUGUUGAAACUGUAACAUAUAAAAAUAUUAAAUUUCAAGAUGCAGUUAUAUACGUAGUAGAUUCUAUAGACCGUGACCGUAUGAGUACCUCAAAAGAGGAACUUCAUGCAAUGCUUGAUGAAGAAGAAUUACGGGAUGCUGCAUUAUUAGUCUUUGCUAAUAAGCAAGAUAUGGUUGGUGCAAUGACUUCAGCUGAAGUAUCCGACGCUUUAGGGUUGAGUACGUUGAAAAAUCGGCAAUGGAGUAUCUAUAAAACAAGUGCUGUAAAAGGUGAUGGACUAACGGAGGGUCUAGAUUGGUAA